AUGACGGGGUCUGGAAAGACGACUUUUAUUGCCAAUGCGACCGGGCGGACAGACCUUCAGAUCGGCCACAAUCUCACUUCAUGCACCCAGGAGAUCCAAAUCAUCGAGACCACAAUCGAUGGCCGCACUGUCCGCUUUGUCGACACUCCAGGCUUCUCCGACACCUAUCUGUCAGAUACUGAAGUCCUCGAAAUGAUCGCAGACUACCUAUCGGCAGGCUACUCCAAGGAAAUGCGCCUGUCGGGCAUAAUCUACCUCCAUCCCAUCUCAGAUAAUCGCGUCACCCAUCACGCCACCAAGAACCUCGACAUGUUCCGAAAACUCACAGGCGAGAAGAACCUCAAGAAUGUCAUCCUGGCGACCAGCAUGUGGGACAAGGUGACCCCAGAGGAGGGAUUGAACCGCGAGCGGGAACUCCAGGGCAACUUCUGGAGCGUCUUCAUGGCCUUUGGUGCACAGUACUGUCGACAAGACGCCUCGGCUCAAUCCGCCAAGAAGAUUGCAUCCAUGCUGAUGGACAACGAGCCCUUCUUCCUCGAGCUGCAGGAGGAGAUGGGUAAAGACAACAAAGCACUCAAAGACACUGCCGCGGGACGGGAGAUUAUGAGCCAGCUCUCACAACUCAAGGAGCAGCAACAGAAGGAGCUUGCCGAGAUGAAGGAGAUGCUCUUGCGGACCGCUGCUGAGGAGAACAAGGCCGCCAUGGCCGCGCUGGAGCAUCACUACAAGAAGAUGAUGGAGGGCAUGGAGAAGACGAUUUCGGAUGAGAGGCGGAUGAAUGAAGAGGCGGCCAAGUCGAGUGAGGAGAAGAUUAAGGAGCUGACAGAGAGGAUCCACAAGCUCGAGAAGAAGGGUAGAUGUGUUGUUAUGUAA